AUGUCGUCGCCGCUGUCACAGCCUCAUGACGAGGCUCCGGAUGCCUCCAACGAGCGUCGCUCCCGUCGCUCAGGGCGCGUCUCGCGCAAGCCCGAGCUCUACAUCGAAGAAGCACCCGCCGCCUCCAAGCGCAAGCGUGAUGCCGCAGACGACGACCAGCUUGACGAUGAUGAAGAUUCCGACGAGGAAGAAGAGAGCGAACCUGGCGAGGAAGAGCUUCGAGAACAAAAGGCCAAAGCGCGCAAGACAAAGGCCACUGCACCCAAGAAGCCCGCUGCGAAGCGCUCAAAAACAAACGGCACUUCGGUCGCGUUACCUGUGAGAGCGGCUGGCAAGAAGGGCCGCUCGAAGAAGGCCAAGGGUGUAGACGAAGCUGUAGCAGAAGAAGCCGGAGGUCUUUACGGUUGGUUCAAGCACACACUUCUUGCUACGCACACGCAGUCUGAUUUUAUAUUGCAGNCUGAGGUUUUCGCCCGAGGCAAGACGCUGGAAGAAGCAGCCGAAGGAUGGCUCGCGGCUUUCAACGAGCACGAGUCUGGCGCCGUGGCAGAUCUGGUCAACUUCGUCUUGAGAUCGGCGGGCUGUGAGUUGGAAGUCACCAACGAAGACAUUGAGGAUCCCGACAACUGUGCUGGCAAGCUCGGCGACUUACAGGACGAAUUCCAGGCAGUAUGUUGA